AUGGUGUUGAAGAGGAUCUCUGGUACCACAACAAAAAAGGACUUUUCCCUUUCAGUUGAUAUAAUCUCCCUAAAUCAGUGUUUGAGAACAGAUAACAAGAUGAAUGCUCCUGAUAUGCCUUUACAGGUUUUGCAACUGUUAAAAAGGAUUCUACUCCUUCCCGUGAAGAUCAGAAAAUGUUAUACAAAAGCUCCUAUUCAGCAGGCUAAGUUCUACAGAAGCCUGAAGACUCCUGGCAAGCAGAUACAGGUGAAAUACUUGGUCAAAGAAUACCAGAAAGAUGCAAUAGGAAGUGAGGUUGAAUGGGAUCCCAAUGAACUGAACAGAAAUGGAAGACACUCAGAGCUUGUGGAAGAAAGGGAGUCAAGUCACCUUCUACUUCAUUCUCAUGGGCAUUCGUGGUUAAAUGCUUCAAAAAUCAGUUUUGAGGCUUGUUUUGCUCAGUUCUUCUUCAUCCAUGCAUUUUCCUUCAUGGAAUCUUCUGUGCUGUUGGCCAUGUCCUUUGAUCGCUAUGUGGCCAUCUGCCGGCCCCUCCACUAUGCCUCCAUCCUCACUAACCAGGUCAUCAGAAGAAUAGGACUAGCCAUCAUAUGCCGCUGUGUUCUGGCUGUUAUUCCUGGGUUGGUCCUACUGAUACGGCUUCCCUUUUGCGGCUCCCAUAAUCUUUCCCACUCUUACUGCCUCCAUCAAGACAUGAUUCACUUGGUGUGCGCUGACACCACCAUCAACAAUUGGUAUGGAUUUUUACUAGCGCUGUUUAUUAAUGUACUGGACUCCUUGCUCAUCAUGCUCUCCUAUGGAUUCAUCCUGAGAAAUGUGCUGAGACUAGGCUCCCACAUCGAAAGACUCCGCGCCCUCAAUAACUGUAUGUCCCACAUCUUAGCUGUCUUGGUUCUCUAUGUUCCCAUGGUGGGAGUGUCCAUGACUCACCGCUUUGCCAAGCAUGCCCCUCCAAUUGUACAUGUCAUUAUGGCCAACAUCUAUCUACUGGCACCCCCUGUAACAAACCCCAUUAUCUAUAGUGUUAAGACCAAACAAAUCCGCCAAGGGAUUUUUCACCUUUUGUCUCAUAGAUAA